ACCAUUUCUUCUUUUUCUCUCUCCUCUGACGGAGGAGUCUAUUCAAAGGGAAAAAAAAAUGUUACUGAGGAGCUCAUCCUCACCGAUUCUGAAUUCAUGGGUGCCAAAUUCAACCGGAUCCUCUCCUGAACCGGAGAAUUUGCCCCAGCUCACUCGGACCCGAUCCAUCUCGUUCUCUGCUUCUUUCAGCAUUGAGGAUUAUCAUGGCAGAAGUCCUUCAAGCUUCACUCUUUGUGAAUCUGAAAUUAAGGAUCAUGCCGCCGGCGUUAAGAAAGAAAAGGUGAGAAUUCUGCGACCCAGAACGCCAAAGCCGAUGAAAAUCAGGGAGGAGAAAGACGAGGAGAUGGGGCGGCUCCUAUCCUCUUCGGGUCUUGGGGAGACAGUUGUGGUGGCGGCGGCGGUGGCGGCUGAGGAGGGUUGUGCCGUAGUGAAUGGAAAGGAGAAGGUAUUGCAGACGCUCGUUGUUGGCGGUGGUGCGGUGGGUGGCAGCGGAGGAAAAGUUUGUGGUGGCGGUGGAGGCGGUGGCAAUGGAGGUGAUGGUUCUGGGUUCGGAUCAGAUUCUCAAGAUUCUAAUAGCUGGCACGGGCAUGACAGUACGGACGCCUACUAUCAGAAAAUGAUUGAAGCUAAUCCGGGCAAUUCUUUAUUACUAGCCAAUUAUGCCAAGUUCUUAAAAGAGGUUAAGGGGGACUUGCCCAAAGCGGAAGAGUAUUGUGGAAGAGCAAUCUUGGCCAACCCAAGUGAUGCUAAUGUGUUGUCACUCUAUGCUGAUUUAAUAUGGCAAACACAAAAAAAUGCUUCGCGUGCCCAAACUUACUUUGACCAAGCCAUUCAGACGGACCCUAAUGAUUGGUAAGCCUUUCCUACAACAAUUUCAUUCCCUCUGUGGGAGUGUUAGUUUUUAGUAGUAUGAAUCUUUUGAUCUUGAUGUGUUAAUUAAUACAUUUUGCUUGGUACAUUGUUUUCUGAUUGCGGAUACAAUUUAAACUUCUAUUUGCUCACGGGAUAUGCAUCGUUAUUUGCUUAGCUUAUGUAGUAGUAUGAACCUUUUGAUCCUAUGAGGGACUUCUUUCAUUAGUUAUUAAUUUUCCUUAAAAAUCUGUUAAUGAUGCUGGUGGCUUAGGUUAGCAUAAAUCAUGCUAUGCUCGGUUAGUUUAUACCUUGUAGUUGUAAAUUGUGUUCUCAUUUGGCUGAAGGUUUGGUGGAUAUGAUCUGUGUUUUGUUUUUAACUUGGUGUCUGAAAUUAAGAGAUGGCUUUUUUGGUUGCAGCUAUGUGCUGGCUUCGUAUGCUCGAUUCUUAUGGGAUGCUGAAGAAGAUGAAGAAGAAGAAGAAAAAGGAUCUUGCCACUAUGAAAUUGGCACUGAUAGUGGUAGUUCAUCCACAAACUACUUUGGAGGAGGUUCUUCGCAUAGGCCUCCAAUUACUGCAGCCUCCUGAUCUAAUUAGUUUGCUCCGCGCUGAAGCUGUUGUCCUAUGUGGCUCUUGAUCUAAUUAGUUAUUAGUUUUGCUUCCGCUGAAGCUGUUGUUCUACGCAUGCUGCUAUAAGAUACUAGAGUAGGAGCUGAAGAGCUAAGAGGAACGCUUACUAUAUUCUGAUGUAUAUUAUUUAUCUGCUUACCUUAACAAUGUGGUGGAAUCUAGUGUUGUGAAGAGGUAGUGAUAUGAUACUAAUUUAUAACUUAAAGAUAUAUUAGUAUUAUUGGAGACCCUCUGGUUGAUAGAUGCUUGAUUUGAUGUGCACUCUUUCUUAAAAUUGGCUGAGUCGUCGUUGCAUAAACUUCUUAUGAUUUUGACUUUGAUUGAGCUUGCAUACAUUUGAUAGUGUAUAAAAUUGAGUCUGGUGAUAUGAUCAUGAUCCUACUUAAAAUGGCUACAUGGUCUUGCACUAUCGGAGUUAGUACAUUGGACUAGACUUGCAGCAAAUGUGUCUAUCAUAGAAAAGAAUCUGAAGCUUAAAAGACCAGUGUCUAUUGUGAUCGAGGCUGGUUGUGCAUUGACAGUUAGAAGCUUAGCAUUCACUUGUUGAGAUUCCCUUUUCUUUCCUUCAGCCAAUAGUAGCACAGGGUCGUAUUCGCCUCAUUUGAAGAUUUUCUGUCAAAUUGUGGUAGUUGUAAUACUCCCUCCGUC